AUGCUAAAGAAUGACGUGGAGAUGCCGCCUAGGAGAAGGUUACAACUUGCGAUAAUUUGCAUUUUGGAUGGGGUUCUCAUCGCUAACACGCAGGUGCACCGGCCAACACCUCGGUAUGUAAGGAUGGUCGACGAUCUGGAACACAAUAUGGGCUUUCCAUGGGGGCGCGAGUCCUUCUACCGGGCUAUAGGGGCGAUGAUGCCGGAAGUGAUGACUCGGGACAAACGUGACUGGGCAGUGCAAACAUUCCGACAACAGCUCAGCGUCGGGUCUAUGCGCGUAUGCGGAUUCGCGUUGGCUCUUCAGCUAUUGGCAUUUGAAGUCAUCCCUGGUCUGCGUGAGAAGCUGAAGGAUGGUGGAGAAUUCCCGAUCUUAAUCGAUCAUCCUGAUGAUCGGAUUCCGAGGCACUGGUCUUUGAGGUUGGAGGCGGUGCGAGAAGUGGAGGCGGAUAGCGCUGUUUGUCCAUUGCUCAAUGUACAUCCCGCUGAGGAUGAAGGAUGGGGUGAGUGGGAUGACGAGAGCAAGGAUGGCAGAGUGAAAUAUCUGAUUAGGAAGAUUAAAGAUGGACAUGGUUUCACUAAACCGGGGUGGCCCGGAGGAGAUACUCGUUUCCCAUUGAAGGUAGUGGUGCCGAUUAUUAGUAAAUUGGAGCAUGCUAGAUCCAUUUUCGACCGUAACCGGAGAGAUGGGAAGAAGGUGCAGCUAAAAGCAUCUCCGGCGAAGAUGACAAAUAUGUCCAAUAGGAAGAAGAGGAAGGUCGUUGAAGAUGUGUCAGCUGCGGCUUUGAUUGAAGGGGGAGAUCUGAAGGGUGGUAGCAUUCAAGUUCGAUGUUGUUGUUUGAGUUCAUUAAGACGAUCCUCCCGUUUUAGGAGUCGUAUUCACCUGGGAAAAACUCCUGAAAGCAUGGAAGAGGUUGGUGAGGGGAGUGUGAAAGGUGAUGCUGUUUCUUCACCUUGCUUGUACGAGAGCAUAGAGAAAGACACGGGAGACCGUGCACAGUGGCAAUCUGAUGAUGUAAUGGCGGAUGGACAGACUACUGUGGACGGGUGUGGUGAAGCGAGUGUCGAGGGUGGUGAUGAUGUCGGUCAGGAGACGCUAGUGAUGCAAGUGGCCUUGGAGAGUGCAGUAGAUGGGAACUCGUGUAUGGCCGGUGAUCCUGUUGCCAAGGAGGUGGUUGGAAUGGAAUCAGUGAUCGUGACGGAAGCCCCGGAUGUUAAUGCAGAUGUGCUGGAGUGUCCACAGGUGAAACACUGCAUGGGAGGUGAAGAUGUCCUAUAUAUAAACACGGAUGGACAAGUAGUGAUGGACACGACGAAGGUUGAUGAAUUUGAGACGACGGUGGAUACUGAGAGGAACGAGGAUAUGCUUAGCGAUGUGGCUGAUGUAAGUUUAUUUGAUGUAGAUGUUGACAUUAUCAUGUUGGGUGAUUUUAUUGCUGAUUUGUUUCGAUGUCAAGUGGUUACUGAUGGAGCAAUUUCUGGAGAAGUAGGGCAUGUUCCAUCGCCUGAAGAAGUAAAGCUUGCGGUUGCGCUAAAGCUGAAGAAGAAGAAACCGUUCAAAACGCCAAUCCAUGGGCUGGAUGUAGACAUUUUUAAGUGGAGACACCUAAGUAAGCCUGGAUAUGCCUUUAACAAUAAUUUCCUGCUUGACUUGGCGACGGCGCAAGAAUGGGUGUCGACAUUGCAUAUGGAGGUCCUGAUGAGCUGGCUGUCGUCUAAGAAGGUUGGGCAUGAACCCGUAGCUUUUUGCUCGCCAAACUUGAUCAGAGGUUUGUUGAAGAAGGAACAUCAAUUCAAAGCUUCUAAGGACAAAGAUCUACUGCACUGGUAUGAUUUGAGCCUGUACGUUAGUGUUCCGGGGAGAAGGUGGGUUGAAGAUACGCAAACUAUGUACGUGCCCAUGUGUUGGGCGGACGAGCUUUGGGUUGGGUUGGCUAUUAACCUCAGCCUUGGUCACAUUGAAAUUUUGGACCCGUACCCUCCCCAGAGAAGCGAUGAGGAGGUGGAAGCGUGGAUGAAGCCAAUUUGUUGUAUGUUGUCAUACGCUUCCGGCGAUUGCGGGCCCAUCGCUGUUAAAUUCAUGGAAAUGCAUGCCGCUGGUGACCCCUCGCCACAUAUGUUUGGUUUAACUGAUGAUGCAGUGGAUGACUUCCAGAAGCAGUAUGCUAUGGACUUGUACAGGGAUCUGGUUGUGCCCCUGUAUUCUUCAGCGCGGUGGGCGUGA